UAAUUGUAUCUCAUUAUUUGUCAUUUUAAUUGGGUGUUAUAACUUUUAAGCUUCCGUCAUUUACCAAUUACCAAUUUAUUUAUAUUUAAUUUUUUACUAUUGUAUAUUAUUUCUUAGAAAAUGGCAUUAUAAUAUUAUGUUUGUCAUCAGUCAAAGUUGAAUUAUGUCAAAAUUGUCAUUGUUUAAUUACGCAUUUAUUUAUCUUUUAGAGUUCAUAUUAGUAUCUUCUACAAGUUCUUUUCAAAACAUUCUUCUUCAUUCAAUAAGUGAUACUGUUACAAAAAAUAAUUUCACCUAUUAUACACUACAUAAUAGAGGAUAUAUUUCUAUUGUGUUAGUUUCAGAAGAAGGAGACGCUGAUUUAUAUAUAUCACAACCGCAUAUAUCACAUCUUCCUACUUUUGAUCCAGAAUCAUAUUGCCUUCAGUCUACUACCUGUGGUGUUGAUAUUGUGUAUAUAUCUAAAUGGUUUAAACGACCCAUUUAUCUUGGAAUUUAUGGCUAUCCAUCUAAUGAUUUUUCUAGAUAUAAAUUAGAUAUAAUUCAAAAUUCAAAUCCUGGCGAAGAAUUUAAUUUAAAUUUAUUUGAGUGCAUAAUGUUGCCAUAUGAAAAUCAAAUGUUUUUGGAUAUUUUACAUGAGGAUGCUUUAGUAAUAUGUGCUAAGGGUCUUGGAUUAGAAACUGUAUUGUUGAAUAUCAUUAAAGUAUAUUGUGACCCUGGUAACUUAGUACUAGUUAUUGGUUCAUCUUCUCAUGAUGAAGAUUUUUGGAUCACUCAAUUAAAGAAAGAUGGUGUUAAACCAUUACCUAAAGUACUAUCUGCUGACACUUCAAUAGCUGAAAGAGAAAAAAUUUAUCUUCAAGGCGGAGUAUUAUUUGUUUCAUCAAGAAUAUUAGUUGUAGAUCUUUUAAAACAUAGAAUUCCUAUACCACAAAUUACUGGUAUUUUGGUUUGCCGAUGUUAUAAUAUUUUAGAAUCUUGCCAAGAAGCAUUUGCUUUAAGAUUAUAUCGCAUGGAAAAUAAAACCGGAUUUAUCAAAGCGUUUUCCACAUCAUCACAAUCAUUUACUUAUGGAUUCACAAAAAUUGAAAGAAUUAUGAAAACUUUGUUCGUUCCUAAAUUACAUCUCUGGCCUAGAUUUCAUCUUGCUGUAAAGUCUAGCUUAGACAAAAUAAGUCCUGAGGUUAUAGAGUUACAUGUAGAAUUAACACCAGCUAUGAUGGAAAUUCAAACAUCUUUACUUGACCUUAUAAAUUAUUCAAUUAAAGAAUUAAAGAGACUCAAUCCUUCUCUUGAUACUGAAGAAGUAACUGUUGAAAACAGUUUAUCAAAAUGUUUUCACAAACUUUUACAAACACAAUUAAAUCCAAUUUGGCAUCGAUUAAGUAGCACUACAAAACAAUUAGUGUCUGACCUAAAACUUCUGCGAAAUUUAAUGAUAUCUUUGACAUCUUUAGAUUGUGUCCGAUUUCAAUCUAUGCUAGCAAAUUAUUCUUCUGUAGAUUAUGCACAUCGUAGUUCAGGUUGGUUAUUACUUGAUGCUGCAGAAACAUUAUUUGUAACAGCAAGACGUCGUUUGUUCAAUUCUAAUAAAGAAAUUUGUCCUGAACCUAAUCCUAAAUGGGAAGGAUUAACAGAAAUUUUAAAAGAAAUUGGACAGAAUUCAAAAAAUAAUGAUGAAAUUGUAUUAGUUCUUGUACACUCUGCAAAAACUUGUUGUCAAUUAAAAAAUCUUCUUGUCAAAGGAGCAGAUACUUUACUCUUAAAUUUGUAUAAAACACAUAUUAAACAUAAACCAAUAAUACCAACACAGAAGAAUGCAACUGAUGAAAAAGAAAUGGAAAUAUUCGAUGAUAUAAACGAUGAAGAAUUAAUUGAAGAAGAUUUUAACAAUUGUUUUACUUUAACUCAAAAUAAAAAUGAAGAUGGAUUGACAUUUACUGAACGUGUUAAUGAGUCUCAGAAUGAAACAUUAAAAGAACCUAUAAUUGUAUUACAACAGUAUAAAAAGGACGGAGAUUUUCUAUCUCUUCCUCGUACUUUGAGAGAGUUGCAACCUAAGUAUAUUGUAAUGUAUGAUGCAAAUAUGACAGCAGUUAGACAAAUUGAAGUAUUUCAAAAUUCAGAAGCCAAAUUAAAGAUGACCAUUUAUUUUUUAAUAUUUGCUGGAUCGACUGAAGAACAAGCUUAUUUAACUACUCUUAGAAGAGAAAAAUUACUUUUUGAUUUUUUAAUUAAAGAAAAAGCUGUUAUGGUUGUACCAAAAGGUCAAGAUGGUAAAGAUGAGGAUUGCCCUGAGCUAACUCGUGAUUUGGGUGUGCACCCAUCAGAAAUGUUAGAUGAUAAUGAUGAUAAAAUAUAUAAUCCUGGUAAAAAAUCUGCCAACAAAGAAAUUCCUAAAGUUAUUGUUGAUAUGCGAGAAUUUAGAUCAGAUUUACCUGUAUUACUUCAUCGUCGAGGCAUUGAUAUAGAACCUGUCACCUUACAAGUUGGAGAUUACAUUUUGACACCAGAAAUGUGUGUUGAGCGAAAAAGUAUUGAUGAUUUGAUCGGUUCUUUAAAAUCUGGUAGAUUGUAUCAUCAAGCAUUAAUGAUGUGUCGUCAUUAUGUAAAACCAAUAUUACUUAUCGAGUUUGAUCAAAAUAAACCAUUUGAUUUACAGGGAAGAUUCUAUCUUAGCAAAGAUAUGACAACUAGUCAUCGGAAUGACAUAACUUCAAAAUUACAAUUGUUAACAUUACAUUUUCCAAAGCUUCGAUUGGUGUGGUCUCCUAGCCCUUUUGCAACAGCAGAACUAUUUCAAGAACUUAAGGAAGGGAAAAAUCAACCAAUAUCAACAGAAGCUGCUGCAAUUGGUUUAGAACCAGGUCAAAAUUUUGAUGAGGAGCAAUACAAUGCUAUUAUAAAGGAUUUCAUGAGUAAAUUACCUGGUGUUACUACUAAAAAUAUAUUGAACUUAUUGAAUAAAGGACAAUCACUGACGCAUAUGUUAACUAUGUCAUUGCAAGAAUUAAAAAACAUUUCUGGAAACUCAACAGAUGCAGAAACUUUGUAUAAUACACUACAUAACAAAUUAAAACCAACCAUUGAACAAUCUAAUAUUAAGCCUCAAUCUGGAAAAGAAUUUCGUGCAACAAUGGGUAGAAAAAGAUUUAAACAUACUAAUACAAAGCCUAAAUGAUAAUUUUGUAUAAAUAUCUUAUAAAACAUUGUUUUUUGUUAGGUAUGUUUUUUUUUUUUUUUAAAUUAAUUUGUAUAAAAACUAAUUUAUUGCGUUUUCUUAUAUUAAUGUCAUGUGUGUGUUAUUUCAUAAAAAUAUGUAUUAUUUCACAUAAUAUUGUGUUUUAUUUUGAUGUAUAAUUUUUUUUUUAAAUCAAAUAACAUAUAUGAGAUUUAGAAUAAAAUUGUUUUCCACCUUUUCUUUUAUUUUGUACCUAUGUAUAACUUUAGUAACCAUCAGAAACUAAUAGUGUCAUGUAAUGUAAUGUUUACAACAU